UACACAAUUUUUAUAUUAUUUUUCUAAACGCUAUUGCGUUACUUUAACCCAGUUCAAAGCUGCGACCCGGUUGAGCAGCGAAUGUAAUUUCGGUAUAUUAAUUCCCGCGUUCGCGUAACUACAUUCCGCACGAUUUGCAAUGUACUCAAGCAGUGACGUCACUAAGGUACCAGGCGGUGAUGCGCUCGGAAGCCUGAUCCCCGAUGUAGGUUAAACGCGAAGUGUCUAGGCUGCCGCGCAUGGCUUUAACGAUGGAGCUGGAAGAGAGCGUGUCGGAUUCUAAGCUGCAUAAGGAUAGUACAGCUAAGAAGGAAUUGAGACCGACGAGCGCUGUGUCUCUUUGCAAGUCUGAAAAUGGUCCAGAAACGACAACGUCGGCUGAGCAGCUAAAACAAUACCGAAGCUGGGUGUCCCCGGACAGAUGGCAUGAGCUGAAGAAGCUUGCCGAUAUCGCCAUGCGAGAGCACAAGGUGUUCAUGAUUAAAGGAGGAGGGUUCCCUGCGGUGCGGAGGGCUCUUUUGGAGAGGGGGUGGUUAGAGAAAUAUGAAGCUCAUAAGGUCCGCCACCCCCCUACGAAUAUAGAUCCUAAAGGAGCAACAAAAAAAGAGCUUACCAAAGUUGAACGACUGAUUCUCUACAAAUUCAUGGAACAUCAUUCGGUUGACUUUCUCUGGACGACGAAAAGGGACAAGUACGAUUGGUUACUUAGCAACAAAGAGGUCAUUAUUAGCAGGUUUUGUAGGUCGCUUUUUACUACGAAAGAAGGCUUGACAGCUUCUCUAACCCAGAUGCACUGGUACACGGAGCCAGGAGUAGCGCUGACCAGAUUCCCGCGUUGCUACAACAUCCACAACCCAGAUAGCCUCGAAGAAUUCAUAGAGGAUUUUAGAAUAACCGCUUGCAUUAGCAUCCUUAAAUGGCUAUCGAACAGUUUGCAAGCCAGCGGGGAGGCCAACCUUGUCACGAGUCACGGAAAGGUUCCCUUCUCAGCUAUAGAAUUCGCGUUAAAUCGAUUGAACGAAUACAUUUCUUUCUUCACGCAUAAAGACAUCGAUGACAUGGAGGACCAAGCUCAGCAUAUUUGGGAACACGAGUGGGACCAAUUUCUUACGCACCAUUAUUUGCUCGUGCACGAAAAGGCCAAAUUUGCCGAGGACAAAAACACCAGCAUAAGGCAACUAGAAAGAAAGGCUAUGAAACUCUUAACCGCAAUGACGAAGUUCUGGCCACAAAUUGACAUUGAUGGUGUAUUGAACAUAUGGAUAGUGAAACCUGGAGCAAAGUGUCGGGGCCGAGGCAUACAGCUCAUGAACAAUAUCAAGGAUAUUAUAGGCCUCAUCAAUAUCCCGACGGCUUUGAAAAGCAGAUAUGUUGUACAAAAAUAUAUAGAGAAUCCACUGGUCAUUUAUAACACGAAAUUUGAUAUACGGCAAUGGUUCCUUAUCACCUGUUGCCAACCCUUGACGAUUUGGGUUUACAAAGACAGUUAUCUCAGGUUUAGCUCUCAAAUAUUCAGUUUGUCAAACUACCACGAGUCUGUUCAUCUCACUAAUAACGCUGUUCAGUCCAAAUACAAGAACAACGGUGAAAGGGACAAGGCCCUGCCAGACGAAAACAUGUGGGAUUGCCACACGUUCAAAGCAUACUUGAGACAGAUUGGAAAACAUGAGUUGUGGGACUCGAAAAUAUAUCCAGGGAUGAAACAAUGUCUCAUCGGAGCCAUGCUGGCUUGCCAAGACUCGAUGGACAAGAGGCAGAACAGUUUCGAGCUGUAUGGAGCCGAUUUCAUGCUGACUGAAGACUUCACGCCGUGGCUUAUAGAGAUCAACUCUAGCCCAGACUUGGCGCCAACAACUUCGGUCACAGCACGCCUGUGCCCUCAAUGUUUGGAAGAUGUUAUAAAAGUCGUUUUAGAUCGACGCAACAACCCUGAAGCUGACACGGGAACAUUUGAACUAGCAUACAGGCAGUUUAUUCCCAAAGCGCCAGCAUAUCUUGGCUUGUCUCUUUGUAUCAAUGGCAAAAAACUAUUGAAGAGUAAGUUGAAACAGCAUAAAUAUGAACAAAGAAGCACCACACCAAUCGUGCAGCGAGUGCCAUCUAGUGACGCACUAGCGGAAGACAAACCGAUCCCUCCGGAGUACAGCGGACCUAUCAUCACAGACUUCCUCUCCUGGCUAAAUCCUUACGACGCCCUGCCCACCAACAAGGAAGGUAUCCUCCUUGCGGCCAAGGACUCGUUCACGGACGCAUCGAGGAAGACGGGAAAAAAACACAGAGUGUAAGCGACGCGUGGUGCCCCAUUCAUGCUGCCGGCCCGAGGACACGCAGUCCGCUAAGCACGUCGGCAAAUACCGGACCGAUUCGGCCAGCAAAACGGAGAAGCCCAAGGUCGACAGAUCUGCCCGAACCCCGGAUCCUUCUCCAUGCUAGUCCCUUCCUUGGUCAAGAUUUUGAAAAUUAUACAUUCCAUUACAAUUUAGCGUGACAACAUGACACAUAUACCACCUACAUUCUGUUGCACUUUAUGAACAUGAAAUAAAAUAUAUAAAAUAUCAUAAUCUGUCACAUCUGUCACUUCAUAUUAUUUACAAACUGAAAAUAAAUAGCACAAUACAAAUUAGACAUGUAAAUUACAAAAAUGUAUAAAUUUAUAGUAAAACCCCCAACAAUCAUAAUAAAAUGAGGUAAGCCUUGAAGAAACUUCACUAAAAAUAAAUAUGGUCAAAUCUCAUUCAUGAUGCCGUUACGUAAGAGAAAGGUUCUCCAGAAAAAGCAACAUCCGAUCCCUGAUCUUACCAGCGGCUCCAGGUUACCAACAAGUAGUAGUCUGAAAACGCCAAAGAAAAUUACCGUACCUUCCACCAAAGUGUACUCAACGAUACCCAGGACGAAGAAACAAUUGAGUCCAACAGGAUUGAAGCAUGGCCAUCCGCGCGUGUACACGUACUAUCCCGACAGAUUUUCACACAAACCUAAAUUGAGAUUAGGACCAUAUGAAGGAACAUACAAAUGUUGGGGUUUGUCACCAAAAGAAAAAAUGCAGAUUAUUGGUAAUUGCCAAUCCAGAAUCCACACGAUACAUGCAACUGAAAAAAAUGGCCGCUGAUGCCAUAAAAAAUAACAAAAUAUUCUUAGUGUAUGGUACCUGCAAGACCGUACGUGACGCUUUGGUCGAACGAGGUUGGGUCCAAAAGCUUCCCACGCAACGCAUGAACAUGAAAAAUAUAUACAGCGGCCGCACACCCCAGCAUGAGAUUAGGAACGAGCUAGAAACCCUGCUCUUAUCCCACCUUGUAGAAAAAUAUUCACCCAGUUUUAUAUGGCGCACCAAGGAGUACCAAGGGCAAAAGGACAGUACCAUAGACAUGACAAAGGAUUACAUACCUACAGUUAAUAAGUUACAGGUAGACGCUGCUUGGACAACGAAGCAAGGUCUCUGCUCAGCCAUAAAAAGAAACUACUGGUUUUAUAUAGAAGGUGUAGCUGAAGUGUAUUGUCCGCGAACAUACAACAGCUACGACACUAGUGAAAUAGACAGUUUCAAAAAUGAUUUCAAAGUUACAGCUUGCACAAGCUUACUGAAGUGGGUGUUGUCAAAGGUCGCCAAUGACCGACCAGUGUUCGUCCCUAAUGGUACAGUGUCUAUAAAAAUCAUACUUUUUGCAAUAAACAGGUGUAAAGAAUACCUCUACGUAAAACAAAACAAAGAUAUCGACAGAACAGUAAGUAACGUAACAGCAGGCCAGUGGAACACGUUUAUGAAGAAUUACUCCCGCAUAAUUUCAAAAGCCGCCCAUUUUGAUACUGAUAAACAAGAACAAUUAGGUUUAUACUUAAGUUACGCAAAAUUUAUACUGAAGGAAAUUUACAAGUAUCGACCACAAUUAAGUUGUGAAGGAUGUCACAAUAUUUGGAUAGUAAAACCCGCUCAUUGGUGUAGGGGUAGAGGCAUAAGAUUAGCGUCUAGAAUAGAAGACGUCGAUGACAUAUUAAAUAAAACCAAAGCUAAAUACGUGCUACAAAAAUAUAUUGAGGAACCACUACUUAUACACGAGACAAAGUUCGAUAUACGGCAAUACUAUCUUAUUACAAGUACAUGUCCGUUAGUUAUAUGGAUGUAUAAGGACUGCUAUUUGAAAUUCAGCACACAAAAAUACAACCUGAAGAACUACCAUGAGUCGAUCCAUCUAACGAACAACGCAGUCCAAAAGAAGUAUACAAAUUGUGAAAACCGCCACGAGGAUCUACCUCUAAAUAACAUGUGGGACUCAGAUACCUUCAAGAGCUAUUUACAGAGAACCGGAAAGGAAAAUGUGUGGGACGAUAUAAUCUACCCGGGAAUGAAAAGGGCUAUAAGAAGUAUAGUUCUAGGUUGUCAGGAUUCGCUGAUUGUGUGUAAAAAUCGGUUCGAGUUGUAUGGUUGCGACUUUCUGUUGGACAAGGAGUUUAAGCCGUGGUUGAUUGAGAUUAACUCCUGUCCUGAUCUGCAUCCCACUACUGCAGUUCACUGCUAAGAUAUGUCCGGCUGUUGUGAGAGACAUUAUAAAAGUGGUCAUCGAUUAUGCCAAUGAUCCAAAUUCUUGUACCGGUAAAUUUGAAUGCAUUUACCGACAACCUUAUACCCUACCACGGCCUUCAGGUGGGGACCUCACUGUGCGUGGCUACAGCCUUCCGUCGUCCUACUUUUAUAAAGGAAAAUAUGAAUUCAAGGAACCUCACUAUGACUUAGAUAUUAGCAAUCAUAUGGAUAUAGCCGCGGUUAUGAAAAUGAUGAAAAGCGUUUACGAGAAGGAAGCAGAGCUUGACUGCGAAGAAAGUGAUGAACUUGCGGAGAAUCAAGAGUUUUCGGAUAUUGAUAAGCAACCGGAAAUAGAGUCACCGUCGUUUGUUGCGGACCAUUUGACCGGUAUAAUUGAGAAAGUAGUAUCCAAUAUAAAUCUUCAGAAAAGUGAAGAAUCAGAACAGUUGACUAAUAUAAUUGAGACAGCUGAGUCUAUUAUCAAUAUAAGCUCAAGUGAAGGGAUCACCCAAGUCCACAGUUGUGGAAGUAGUUCAACCAGGUGGGAGUUUCAGUGAUGAAAACUGGGUAGAAAUGACGAUCCUUGAAAAUGCGCUUAUAUCAGGUUUAUCAGCGUCUUCAGAAAAAAUAAGUACACUAUCAGAUAAUGUAGAAUCAAUAUCAAAAACUACUGACAAAUUUUCAGAACAACAAGAUGAUACCGCACAAGCUCUCAUAAAUUUACUUGAUUUCUUAACUAGGAAGGAAAAAGAAGAAAGAGAACGCAACUUGAAACAAAUCAUGUUAAAAGAAGCAUAAGUCCUUAUAGUUUGUGUAGUAAAGAUGUAAAACAAAGUAAAAGUCAACAUAUAACAUUGAUUGUAA